AUGACCCUUUGCUUUAGGCUACUGAGAUGGGCGAAGGAUCUGGCUGCUCGUGGAGGGAGAACGGCCGUUGAUCCGGCGGUGGGGACGCCGAGGAUGGAGCUGAGGAAGUUCGGGAGGAGUUACUCUCAGCUGCUGGAAGUGAUGCUGGAGCACGCUCAGAUGGAGGAGAAAGUCCUCUUCCCGAUCUUGGAGAUGGCUGAUCGAGGAUUAUGUAAAGCUUCAAAUGAGGAGCAUGCAAGAGAUCUACCCAUCAUGAAUGGCAUCAAAGAAGACAUUAAAUCCACUGUCGUUUUAGACUUGGGAAGUUUCGUUUGCCAAGAAGCACUCUCCAACCUUUCCAAACGGCUCAAGUUGUUGCAGGAACACUGUAAGCACCACUUCAUGGAUGAAGAGAAAAAACUAUUACCUUUGCUUGAGGCUGUAGAACUGACCAAAGAGCAGCAGGAGAACAUGUUAGAGCAGCUCCUGGAUGUGAUGAAACAAACACAUUCACAUUUACUAAAUUUCUUUCUUGAAGGUCUUCUCCCUCAGGAAGCUCUGCAGUAUUUGGAUCUGGUUACGAGCAGCUGCGAUAAAAACCGCGCUAGCUUCGGCUUAAUGCUCCAGAUGACUGUUGCCUAAGAUCAAAGAUGUAUAUAGAUUUCUAUUUUCUUUUCUUUUUUCUCUUCUAGGAUUGGAUUGGCAACAUCCUUCAUGUGUCAAUAGGUCAUAAUGGGCUGUUCUUUCUUUGGCAUUUUGUUUUGGUUUGGAGAUGAAGUAUAGUGUCAUUUAUUGCAUAUUUUUUUAGCACAGUGAUUAGUCCUGAUUCAAGUGUAUGUGCCACAGAAAUGAAGAAAAUUUAAUGUUUGUGAUUGUAGGCUUUGGAACUUA